AUGGAGAGCAGUGAAGAACAGAAGCUCCAAGUUAGAAAACUAGAGCUCUCAGACAAAAGCAAGGGCUUCAUAGAACUACUGCAACAGCUGACUGUUUGUGAUUCUGUAUCCGAUAAGGACUUUGAAGAUCGAUUUAGGGAGCUUAAUGCCCGUGCAGAGGACCAUCGGGUCCUUGUUAUAGAAGAUGAUCUUUCUGGAAAGAUUGUUGCAACUGGGAGUGUGUUCAUUGAAAGGAAGUUUAUAAGGAACUGUGGCAAAGUUGGGCACAUUGAAGACGUGGUGGUUGAUGCCAAUGCUCGCGGGAUGCAGCUAGGGAAGAAAAUUAUUAAUGCCCUCACGGAUUAUGCUCAUUCUCUGGGGUGUUAUAAGGUGAUUCUUGAUUGCAAUGUUGAGAAUAAAGCAUUCUAUGAGAAGUGUGGCUACAAGCAGAAAGAAAUUCAAAUGGUGAAGUAUUUCAUUUGA